AUGCCGGACGGUCAUUUCACGACAAUCAUCGAGUGGAGCGCCGUCGAGCUCGGGAAUGCCAGCGAGAUCAACGACUUAGGAUAUAAAAUUUUUGUUUACAUCUCGGAGACGGCGUCCGAUGCAGUGGUGCUCGAUAUGCCCUUGAGGGCACUGGUUGAUCCGCAACAACCUUCGGCACGGCUGGAUGGGUUGCGGUUGAUGUAUAAAUACACUGUGCAGGUCGCCGGCUACAACUCUGGCGGUCUCGGCCCAAGAAGCGAAGCCCGCUCACUUCGCCUCGGCGCCAUGAACUCCCCCUUCAUCGGCUCGAGCUCGCUGAAGACGAUGAGCAUCUACCUACUCCCAAUCCUUUUCACACUCCGUCGCUUCGCUCUA